UACUUAUGUGCAGCGAGUCAUCAGUCAUCGUUAUUCUAGUUUAUUCUUUCAAUUUGAAGUUUGAACAUCAUAGACUCUUAAUACUCCACCGUGAACAGCGUGUCGUUUGGAAAUAAUCUUCAAGUUAAACUAUUAACUAGCUGUGCUUAACAUCUUGGAUUGCAGUCGCUGGUAUAUGUCAUCAUUUUUCUCAGAAACAGUGACGCCAGGCUUCCUCAAUUCUUCAACCAUUUUCGAACGAAUAGAACCAAAAGAAAAUGGCAAACUCCACUUCUGACCCUGUUUUGGAGACAAACGUCAUUGAUGACAACUCUGAAGACUGGCGUAAAGCUUGCCUCCUGGACAGAAAUGAAUUUGCCUUCAAGAACAAUCUAUUAACUGAUGUUUGUUUCAUUGUUGGGGAAGGAAAACGAAAAAUCCCUGCUAACAAAAUCAUUCUCUCACUAGGAAGCCCAGUUUUUGCAGCCAUGCUGAGUGAACGGUGGUUGUCGCCUGCAAGUGAAAUUGAAGUACCAGAUAUAGAGCCAGAGGCUUUUUAUGAACUGCUCCGAUUCAUUUAUUGUGAGAAAGUUAAAUUUCAUUCGAGUUCUCCUGAUGCACAUUCCAUUUUAUAUGCAGCAAAAAAGUAUGAUGUAGAAGCAUUAAAAAAUAAGUGUGUCGAAUUUCUCAGUAGCACCCUCUCAAAUUCAAAUGUUUGUUUUCGAUUAAUGAAAGCAAGGUAUUUGCAAGAGUCAGAACUGAUCGACUUAUGUUGUAAAACAUUAUCUAAGACCGCUUCCACUGCUAUUUCUCGGUACUACACCACCACUUCCACCACCAGCCAUGAAGAAAGCUUUCAUGCUGUUGACAUAGAAACGAUAUGCUUCAUUUUGGAAAUGGAUCAAUUAAAUAUUGAAGAGGUCGAUCUAUACAAAGCAAUUCUCAGCUGGGCAGAUUUUGAAUGUGAUAGGCAAAAUUUGGAAGGGAACAAAGAGAACAUCAAGCUAGUCCUGAAACAAGCUUUGCCAUUGAUUCGGUUCCGAUUGAUGUCUCCUCAAGAAUUUUCUGAAGUUGUCUCUGGAACAGGCAUUCUCUCCAUAGAAGAGGAACUAUCAAUUUUUAAGUACUUGUCCUCCAAACCUAGACCCGAAAAUCUCAGACCAACCCCUCGCUUUGAAAAAUUAAUCAGUAUCACCGCCUGUGAUGAGGUUACUAAAAAAAUUCUCCAUAUGCAAACAAGCCCUUCAACGAGUGUUUCAAAACUGCAGAGUGGAAUAUUUCAGCAUGUAAACAUUAAUGAUCGUUUUACCUCAAGUAAAUUCGUUUUUUUGUAUCAUGAAAAUAUUUUACUAAAUGAAGCAUAUUUGUUAUCAGAUUAUGCAAUUGAUAACAAGUCAGUAAUUACAAUAGGCUAGUGGAAAGCCAUUUUUAAUCCAGAGUGUGAUAGAAUUGGUCCAUGGAAAAAAUUCAUACUGUCGUUUCUGAACUGAAAGUCCAUCAGGCAAUUCUUAUCUUGUCAUUUACUUUUUUCCUUUCGGGAGGGGGGGGGGAUUUUUCUGCAAUCAAAUUUUGCCAAUUUAAUAGAAGGAACUAAUUAUUUCUGAAAAAUUUUGAUGUUCUUUGAUGAGUUGUUCCUUACAAUCUCCUGGGGGAUGAGCUCUUGAAAUAUACAUCUCUACGGGCCAAUGGUGAAAAAAUAGGGCUAUUAAGUGAUGACUUUGAUGUCUCUAUUGUAAUCAGGAAAAACUUGAUGAGUGUAAGCUGUUUUAUUGUAAAUGAUGAUCGAUUUUGUAUUUUAAAAUCAUGUAGUAGCAUCUACCAAAUGUUUUUCUUCAAAUAUUUAACACAGCUACAACAUCUGCGAAUACAUUCUUUUGUCUAUUUCA